UAGAUUUCUCUAGAAGGUUUGCUGAAGUUUGAUUUAGUUCUUCGCAGCCUCUCACUCCUUACUCGCUUCUCCUGUUUUUGUCUACACAAUGGCAAAGCGCUUGGCUCCCUUGCUUAAUCGCGUUUUGGUGGAGAAAAUCGUUCCCCCAUCCAAAACUAACGCCGGGAUUUUGCUACCUGAGAAAUCCAGUAAGCUAAAUUCUGGAAAAGUUAUUGCCGUGGGCCCUGGCAUUCAUGAUAAUGAGGGAAAGCUAACUCCUGUAGCUGUAAAGGAGGGUGACACUGUCCUUUUACCUGAAUAUGGAGGAACUGAGGUGAAGCUUGGUGACAAAGAGUAUCAUUUAUAUCGUGAUGAAGAUCUACUGGGGACACUGCAUGAUUGAUGUUCUGCUCACCUUUGACCAAUUAGUGGAUUCAACCUCUGCUGCGAAACUAUGAUUAUAUAAAGAAGUUCAGCUGUUUUGAGCGUUCUCAUUCUGUUCUAGUUUUGAUAAAUUGAAUGCAGAUCCCUGUUGUCGACUUUUGUUGCACGCUUGAACCGACAUUGAUUCAAUUGGAAAGCUCAAACACUUCCGUGUUUACAAGUUGAACCAUAAUACUCCCCGGCCUUUAAUGUAACAUGCUCAAGACAUUUUCACGUGAAUUAAGAAAAAUUAUUGUAUUGCUUUA